CCAGGUUGGACAGGGCUUGGAGCAGCCUGGGCUGGUGGAAGGUGUCCCUGCCCAUGGUAGUGAUCUUUAAGGUCUCUUCCAACCCAAACCGUUUUGUGAUGUUUCUAGAAUCCUUACUGUCCUUGUCUGAUACUCUGGGUUUGCCAUACCCAUGGGGAGUUUCUCAGUUUUCCCAGUCACACAUUUGCCCCUGCCUUCUUUCUGUGCUUCUGCCUGAUACAAGGCUUUUCUUUUCCCUUUUUAAAAAUUUUAUUUAAUUUAUUCUUGGGGUGUAUCCACCAGCUACCCACAUGGCAGCUCUUACUGAGGUAGAGGUCACCCAGUUCACUCCUGAGCUGAUCCCUGGCUCCGAGCUGGACAUUUCCUUAGAUGAGGUGGUGGUUAUUUGUCACAUGUGGACCCUGCAGGGUGAUGCUGAGUGGGAAUGAGUCCUGUGCAGUCAGGUCACAGGCCAGCAUCCAGGAAUCUCUCUGGGAACUGGGAGUGCAAUGUGCUUUUCUUCUGCCCUCGAGGUCUCCUGCUGCAGCUUGAUGUCUACACGUGGUGCAGAUCCAAGGUGUGAUGAGCCUGGAGACCUUGCCUGGGUUUAAGUGCAGCUGGUUAAGGAGGUGGAGCUGAAGCUGGGAGCUCACACAGCUCUCCCAGUGUAAAUGCCUCCAUUGAUGUCCAACUGUUUAUUCCAGGAACCAGUUACAAUGCUCUAAGUGCCUCUCCCUUGGGACUACUUCUAUUUAAACAGCUGGUUUUAAUCCAGAGCUUUAAUUGGUGCUGACACUCCAAGCAGUCUCUUUCCAUGGGAAGGGAAUUUCCAGCCCCACUUUAGUCUCUCCAGGUGGAUGAUGCAUGGAUGCUGAGGGAGGAUCGCGCUUGGGAGGUUUUGUCCUGGCUUUGUUUACAGGGUGAGAGAAUUGCCGCCUCUCUGACUGCGAGGUUUGGAGGGGAGAGACUGUCCUUACAUAUUCCUUCUGCAGUAUGUAAGGGGAGUAGUCAGAGGGUGAAACUGAAUCCUUGCCAUGUUUGUUGCAACAGGAGGUUAAUCAUAAACUCUGGCACUUUCCAAAGGGGUGCUUUCACUCUGCAGUGUCGGUGGAGGAUUGUGCUGCUCCGAGGGUCUGCUCAGCUGUUUGCCAAAAGGAUCAAAAGCAAAACAGCUUCCCCCAGUCUGGGGCUGAACAACCACCAUACAUUGGGUUUGCUUGUAUCCCACGACUUGCUGAAGGAGAUUUUGUAUCUUUAUGGCCUUUCUGUGGAUGGAUGUGUGGUGCUUGUGCCUGGUGAGGUGUUUGUGUGGCCAGCAGCAAGUCUUGGGUCCUUCACAGUUGUGUGGGGUAUUUCACAUCAGUGUUUCACCGGCCUCAUCCACUCUAUCUGCUAAACUUGUUUUUCAGUGAGCUUUGAGAGCAUCUGAGUAUAUUCCUAGGAGAACAUCUGGUGAUAUAUGUAGCUUCACUCCUUUUAGGGAUUGUAAUCCACUAGCUUAAAGAAAAAGAAAAUCAACGUGUGACAAAGCAGUGGUGCUUUUGCUGGCAUGUGACGAGGAAGGAGAUGUCCCCUGACGUAGAAGGGAUUGUCUGUUGACAUUCUUCUCCCUCUCCCAGUUAUAAGUAGGUUAUCCCUGCUCAAAUUAUGCAACUGUGCAGACAGCCAGACUUCAGGAAUUCCAAAUACUUCAAUGUGUCAAGUGCUGACUUCUAAAUUAAAUGCCACGGUUGCAGAGCGUGUUCACAGUCUGUCGCUUGAAAUACGACAUCAAUCUUGGAAUCGCGUGUGGCUGAGAAGGGGCAGCAACUUAAUUGCUUGUUUCUUCCAAGAAGUGUUGUGUGAGGGUGCAGGAGCCAAACUGGGUGGGAGAAGUGCCUCUACCUGUGACACUGUUUCCAUAUGGAAGUCAGCAGUUACAAGCAGAAAAAAACCUACUGAAAACAUUGAUUUAUGUAACAAAUUGAAAUGCUUCAUACUCUGGCCCUUGCUGUUGCCUCAAAGAUGCAGUUUCCAGCAUCUAGAUCUAAUUAAAUAGUUGUGUGCUUAUUGCUAAGUAAACAUAGGAGUCCAUCACUCUCCUUGCCUUGGAAAGCAAAUUGAUUCUUCUAAUGGUUUCACUGGAUGAAAGCAGGUGUCUGGGACUGCUUUGUGCAAGGUGCUGAAAUGGAAUGGUGGUGGUAGGAAAUGAGCUGCAAACCUGAUAAAAUGGGGUGACAGGAAAUGUAAACGCUCAGCAUUUCAUUCAAUUCUUACAUUCCAUUUAAUCUAGUGAAGGAAGUGACUUAAACUGUGCAUUAUUUGUAAAUAGCGUGUUCUUAAUGUGUUCCACUUCAGAGCUGGGGAAAUCAUUAUUUCACAUGAGCAGAUUUAGCAGAGUGGGUGAACGACGGAUAAUAAGUGCUGCAAAAAGUGUGUUGGGCUCAGCAUGUGGUCUGUGACAGUGGCCAGGAGUGAAUCAUUAGGGGAGAGUGGAGCAGCAGCCCCAGGCAGCUCAGGCAUCAUCCCCAGCUCCUGGUUUUUGGGUGGCCUGAGCAAGGGGUCUGAGCUGGCAGUGCCUGUUGGACCUGUCCCUUGAGGGCAUUGCCUAAACAUUUCCAACAGUUUAUACCUGGAGCUUCCACAGAAUACCCUGUGGUGAAUCCCUCAACUUGUACAAAAAUAAUACCCGGCUUCUGGGUUUGUUUUCUUUUUUGCUUCUUUUUAAACUGUAAUCUCAUUGAAUCCCUCGUGCUUUUUGUAGUAUGAGAAAGAAUGAAGAAUUUUUUUUGCAUCAGCACCUCAUUUGUGAUUUUACAGGUCUCAGUGUUCUCAGUUUUCUCUCUUUGGGUUCUUUUCCUUUUCCAAGCUGCAUUGUCCCAGUCUGUUUAGUACAUCUGUCUGCGGAGGCAGCUCUUCAUCACUUUGGGUUUUUUUUUCCUUUGAGCUCUGCUAUUGUUUUGAGGUGAUUUGGCCACAACAUUUGUUUGCUUGCUUUACCCAAGAAGACUGAAUAAAGGGAGAUGUGCUUUCUAAUAAAGGGAUACUUUGUAGCUCCUCUGUGAUAAUAUUAUAAACAUUUACUAUGUGUAAUGUUUUAUAUUCAAAGUGCAAAUGAACACAGUAAUCAUAGUGAGAGAUACUGUAGUGGAAAUACAGAUACUGAAGAAGAUCUUAGUUUAUAAAUACAGCUACAGAUGGCCGUUGAUAAGGCAUUUUGUAUUUGGAUAUUACCAAGAGAGCAUUAUGGAAAAAACUACAGUUGGGGUGGAUACUUGCCAGAGUUAAGUUGGAAGGCAUUGGAAGCAUGAAGAUGCCGUGUCCUGUGGAGACCUAAGAGUCCCAGAAAUGACUCGUGGGCUUGGUGGGUUAAGGGACACAUUGCUCCCGUGUUGGGGACAGAUACUGGCAGUGUUGAAGCUCUGUGGUCUGACAGUUCCUGCAGUUUUCUUUCAACGUCUUGUUUUGUUUUUUUUUUAAGUGGAUAACUAGCCCUGUCUUGAAAUACCUACUGUGAGAACAUUUACAUUCUGUAAAUGUUAGUAAAGAUGCUGGAGGUUUAAAAAAACCCCACAAAACUCUCCUUAUGCCCAGCACAAACCAUGGAUAUGGUUCUGCCAGGCCAGCUUUGGCCAUACAAGGGCAGACAGCUCCAGCCUGUGGAGUUGCUGCUCACCUGAUAAUGUGAUUUGUGGAUAAAUACAAGCACUUUUAGGUUUUGGAGCCAAGAAGAACUCCUUUUAGGUAUUUAUCUGCAUAAAUGAGUCAUUAGGAAAAUAAAGGUACACGUAGUGCUGAAAGGGUGAUGACACAACCACAUUCCUGCCUUGCUUGAACUUGUUGAGGAUUCUUUCUAGCUGCUUCCGUUGGGAAGGUGGCUGUUGUUGAUGUGUCUGUGACACCUUGGCUGCUGGCAGCAGUCCUGCUGUCUGGAUCAGCAGUGCCUGUUCUCCUCCUCGGAUCACACGGGAUGUGAGACUUUGCCUUGAUCUCUCCCUUCUGCUCUUUAUUGAGGUUUUUCUUCAGUGUUGCUUCCAGCACUGGGGGUGUUUAUGGGGCUGCUGUGCUUCAGGGAGAGUUCAGAUAUGCAUUGCCCUUCAGAAAAAAUCAUUUGUUGUAGUUAAUGUGGAUUUCAUUAGGGUGUAAUGCUUCCUGGAAUAAAAGUGAGAGAGAAAAGCUGUCAUUUUGUGUAAUAAACCUGAAUAUUUCAAACAACCAGUCAGUUGACAGGUAAGCUUUGUGCUGAACUAGUAAAGUCUAGCACUUAGCCAGAUUUGGUUGUGACAAACCUACUGGUUGUGGUGUGCCUUCCAGUCUGUUAUUUCUGUCAAAUGAGAGAAGGGAGUGGUUUCCAGGGACAGGAGGGAGCACAGUGAGGUGGGAGGCAUGGUUUGGGGGAUAGUGGAGAGGAGGGACUCUGCACUUUCUGCUUUUGUGUAAUGCACCCCUGAUUUUGCCUUGGAGGAAAGGAAAAAAUAAUGUGUGGGGAUCAACAGAUGGGAGAGUUUUGUUAUUUUUGUCUUUUUUGCUCUUUCAGGGAUCCAGAGGAGUAGUGCUACCCAAACAAUCUUGAGCCAUACUGCUUUGCUGUGCCAUUUUUCCUGCUAUUUCUUCCACAUGCCAUCACCAGAAAGGGCUUGGAGAUUCUUGUUUUUGUGACUAAUUUGGGAAGCUGGCUUGAGUAGUCUCUUCAUGGAUGUUUUUCCUGACUUCUUGUUGAUAUAUUUGCAGAGCUUCUGAAAGUGAAGGCUCAAAUGCUGUGGGUAGCCAUGGUAAAACAAGAAAAAAUAGCUUUCUGGAAUUAGUUUAAAUUAGCAGGUUGCUGCAGUUGCUGCCACGUGCAAAUGAAAGUAAUAUAUGGACAUUUUUUGGCAAUUUGCAGUACUUAGAAAAUUUAAUAUUCAGUUGGGGGUUUUUGUACUGUUGUUAAAGACCAAGGACUAUAAAACUGCAGCCUUGCUUUUUAUUACACAGAGUGGGAAAUGGUCAUCUAACAGCUUCUCUACACUAAGAAAUUUGGGAAGAACUUAACCUGAAUUUGCAUGGAGCAAAAGGAUAAAAAAGUUACUGAGAUCCAUAAAAAUUAUGCAUGAACAGUGCCAUGGAAAGCGUGGUUAAAUUUGAAUGUGUGCCUUAGGGCUGUAACACAUCAGCCCAUUCACUGUAAGCUGAUUUCAUUCUGAGCUGCUUCCCUGCAUAAGGAUAUGAUGAGGACUCAAUUCACUUGUUGCUUUUAUUCUACAAAAAAACCCCAAAACCACAAAAAAGUGGAGAUUUGUUUUAUACAUUGAUGGCACGUUUAGUAGUUCGAUCAUGUGUUUUUUGGGGAAUUGGUGAACACCAAAAGUAUAGGGUAGUGAAUCUGCUGUGAGCUAUCCCAAAACACUCUGUCUAGUGAAGUUCACACAUUAAUUUUUAUUAUGAGAAUGAAGGUAGUUCAGUGUGGAACAAGAUCUUUUCACAGUUCCUGCUCAUAUUGUUAAACAAGCCUCAGUUUUAAGUGCUGUCAGAAAAUUGCUUUUAUGUGCUGUAAGGAAUGCUAACGUGAGAUUCCUACAAUGCAGAGUUGAAAGCACCAAGGCUGGGGAAGGUGGCAUUUAUCUGGUUUGCUUAUUCAACCAUGUGAAAGCUAUAUUGGGCACAUAAACUUUCUGCACUACACUGCAGCUUCAAAAAAGCAACAAGUUAAAUCUGGGUCCUUUGAAGUAGUGAAUAGUAACAUUCUGUUCUCCAGAAGUGAUUGACUUCAAAUGAUCACACCAAAACUCAAAAAACUGUCAUGGCUGAGGAAAACAAGACAAUUCUCCCCAGAUAAAUCUUAUUUCAGUGCAUCACUGUUGCAUGAAACGUGGGUUUUGUUGGAGCCAACAAACUUCAGUUAUGUAGAAAGGCAGAGAGUCUUAAAAAAGGACAUAGAUCUUUCUCUAUCUGGAAAUGAUCUCAGCAAACCUCUUACUGUUGCAGAAAAGCAGUCUGUGGCAUCAGAUCAGUUUCCAUACAGCAGGCACUACUGUCCUGCCCUGAUUAUUGUAAUCUCUGCUUUUAAUUAGAUGCUGAGAUUAAGAGCGGUUGUGCUGCUCAGUGCCCUCGGUGUGUUCCCUGUCAGUUCUGGCUGCUCCAGUGUCCCUGCUGAAACAUUGCCUGGUAGAAGAAGAUGCUCUGAGAAGAUCUAAGCACAGUUUACUUUGCAGACACGUUAAGGGACAGCUGCACAGGGAAGAAAAAUACACCAAAACCCCCUUCUCAAGACUCUUUCAGGAGGUUAAAAUAGAUAUUGACAAAUACCUGGCAAGAAAUCAGGCAUUGCAGCAGGCUGCUGUUCUGUGUGCCUUUUACUUAGCUGUUAAUUUAGUGUCACAGUAUGGAGAUCUUACUCCAAAGUCACUUUUAACUCAUUAGCUUCCAGUUCACAGCUCAAGUCCGUUCUAGAUCCCUAGUGUAUCAUGUCAAAUGUUAAAUUCAUUCUGUUGGAUUUCCCAUAAAUUUUGUUCUGUUCCUGGGAGACUCCAGUUCUCAGUCAUUUGGUUUUUUGUGUUGUGCUGAUGAUACACCUUAGCCUUUUGAUCAGCAUUUUCUGAGCCAGUGUCUUGGAGAUGUUUUCUGCAAUGAGUUCUUAUGGCACUCCAUAGGUGAAUUCUUCAAUCUGUUAUCCAGGUACAUGAAUUUCUCUCAGCUGCCUCUUUACCUCCAGUUUGUCUGUUCAUCUGUGUGUUUGCACUAACAGCUCUGUUUGUCAUGUUAGUCAAACAUUUAAUGAAGUUCUCAUCAUAGCUGGCAUUUCCUCUUUCUCUGAAAAAUACAUUAUCAAUUCAGCUUGAGACACUUUAACUUCAGUAAACACAGGUGGUAUCCCAAUUUCUGUUUGUUUUCUUAUUCUUCAUUCUUUUUUUCUUCAGUUUGUUUUCAUUUGGCUGGAUUUGUGCACUUGUAUACAAACACCUGCAAUCAUGUGUCUUUGAGAGAUGAAAACAUCUCUAUAUUUUUUAAUAAUCAGACCUUGUACAUUAAAUAUUUGAGAGAUGAAAUUAUCAUAGUGCUAAUGUUGCCAAGCUUAUUUGCAGGUGUGCACCACAAAAUGAGACAGUCUUUGAACAGUCCUGCCUCUCCUGGUACACUGACACCUCUUCCCUGGGAAUUAAAGUAUCACUAUUUAAUCACAGCACUGUCUAAUGGAAACACUUUUAGACUGGCUUCCAAUGAAAGGAGUGGUAACAUGUUUUACACACCUACAACAUGACAUUUAAUCUGCAGGUUUUAUCUGCGCCAGGAGUUGUAGCUAUGCUUUAAUCUUGCUGCAUUAAUCCAGCACACUCAGUGCCUGCGUUCAGAGCCCCAGGUCGGCUCUCAGGGAUUCCCAAGCGUUUGGAUUAGAAGCUCCUGCCAGCUCACAGCUUUUCCCAUCAGUCAGGAGGGUCUGUGCUCAGCCAUGGCCAUUUACUGAGCUGGGCAGAUGAAUUUCCAUUGCCCUGAAGCCAACGGGAGCAUUUAGCAGUUGAAACUUCACUGUGGACAACUUAACUUCCAGCCCUGUGACAUUUCUGCAGUUAAUAAUGUCCCCAUUUAUCUGUGUAUUGGUUUUCAGUCUAGACCUGCUCCAUGGCAGCUGUGAGUCCAUCAGCUGCAGAGACCACAACUCUCAUUUGCCUGAGACAUAACUGAUGUGCAAUUCCUGCCAUAAAAACUAAAAAGAGAGAAUUGAAGUGGAAUUAAACUCUCCUGCCAAUUUGAGAUCAGACAGGAGAAAGUCUUGCAGGCCCCUUCCUGUAGGCCAUACAUAAGGGUUGGUAAGGGACAAGAAUAAAUCUAGAAGUGUCACUUUCAUGAGGAAAUGUCAAGCCAGAGCUGCAUGAGAAUCUGCUGCAAGUAUGUGGCUGCUGGUGAAGUUAAUGAAUGUGGCCUUGGAAUCUGUAAUUAGUAUAGUCAGGCAGAUGAGUGCUUAAUUCUGCCAGAUGGGAGAGCUCCACUCUGAGUUCCAGGACAUGCCUGGGGGUUUCAGACAGAUACACUGCAGAAACCCUCUGGAAGCUGCCUCAGCCCAAAUAGGUAAGUUCUGUGCGUGUUCUGUUGCAUCACUGGGAAGUUUCUGAAGGUUUGUGGGAUCCCUUUGAUCAGCAGGUUUGGCUUGGUUUGGAUGCACACGUUGCCAUCCUGAGCCGUGUGCUGGGCUCUCCUCUGCAGGCUGUAAUUCUGCUCCUAUCAGCCCACACAGGCUCUCUUUAAUAGCUCCUCUCACACUGUCAGAGCACAACUGCUGAAUUUUUACAUCCAGCUUCUUAAUUCCCAUGCAAAUGACUCGUCAGGAAACAAACAAAAAUCCCUAAGACACAUUGUGCUUCGCCUUAAAUGUGGAAACAACAACUCCUGAAAAAUAGUGAUGGUUUAACUCAUGGUUUUCAGCUUUUUCUUUGCUGUGACCUCACAGUACAGGAGCAACAGCUCUGUGAUAUGUUUUGUGUUGGUUUUAAUAUUGUAGUAGACACAUAUAUACCUCUUUUUCAUCACAGUAGAUGUUUUGGGAUUUUUUUUUUACUUUCAUAUGCUCAGGCAGUCUUCUGACAUGAGGAAGACUUUGGUCAUCUCACUUUGGAAACUGUAAACCUUUCCUUGGAGUUUUAUAGUUUUGAAUGAGGACAACUGAGAUAUUUGGAAUUAAGCAAAUAUUUCUGAUUUGCUCUUGGCCCAUAUUGCUUUAACAGCAGCCAUUGUACUUUAUAUCCAUGGUGUAAAAGUUUUAAAAAAUCUGCAAAACCAUAGAGGAGCAGGAAGUACAUGCUAAGGUGUUGGUUGUCCAUCUUUUGGCAAGGGAAGUUAAAAUCAAGUACCAGGAAGGUGUAGAAGUGGAUUGCAAGGAUGGUGCAGUGCCUGACCAUACCUCACACCUUGCUGCUGGGUUUCAUUUGGGGCAAACUGCAGAGAUCUGUUAGGAAUAUGAAACAUGUAUUUCAUGGACACUGGGCCUGCCUUUUUCCUGAGUAAUUAUUUUGGAAGAGGAGUUGUUGGAUGCUUUUCACCUUGUCCGUUGCAGAUAAACACUGUUCCUGGUCUGUUGGAGGAUUUACAGAUACCUUUGAUCUGUCAUAUGUGGGAAGAACGCUAAGAGAGCCAUCUAAAAAUGGGUGUUAAAACAUUCACUCAUAACUCCCCUGCUCACAGUCAGGAGAUGCUGGGGAAGCUGAACAUGCUCCGGAAUGACGGCCACUUCUGCGACAUCACCAUCCGCGUCCAGGACAAGAUCUUCAGGGCACACAAGGUGGUUCUGGCAGCCUGCAGCGACUUCUUCCGCUCCAAACUCGUUGGCCAAGCAGAGGACGAGAGCAAGAGCGUGUUGGACCUGCACCACGUGACGGUGACGGGGUUCAUCCCGCUGCUGGAGUACGCCUACACAGCCACGCUGUCCAUCAACACCGAGAACAUCAUCGACGUGCUGGCCGCCGCCAGCUACAUGCAGAUGUUCAGCGUGGCCAGCACGUGCUCGGAAUUCAUGAAGUCCAGCAUUUUAUGGAAUACACCCAACAGCCAGCAGGAGAAGGUGCUGGAUGCAGGACAGGAGAGCGGUGCAAACUGCAAUUUCACCUCCCGGGACGGCAGCCUGUCUCCCGUCUCCUCCGAGUGCAGCGUGGUGGAAAGAACCAUUCCCGUUUGCCGGGAGUCUCGGAGGAAGCGCAAAAGCUACAUCGUCAUGUCUCCUGAGAGCCCCCUCAAGUGUAACACACAAACCAGCUCCCCCCAAGUGCUCAAUCCUUCCACUUCCUACCCGGAGUCCAGAAAUCAGCCCGUGGACUCGUCCUUAGCUUUUCCCUGGACUUUUCCUUUUGGAAUUGAUCGAAGACUUCAGUCAGAAAAGGUGAAGCAGGCGGAGAACUCUAGGACUUUGGAAAUGCCUGGGCCCUCCGAGUCCAGCAGGAGGAUGGCAGAUUAUGUGACUUGUGAGAGCACCAAAGCCAGUUCUCCCCUGGUGAUCGAGGAGGACGUGCGAGUCAAGGUGGAAAGGCUGAGUGACGAGGAGGUUCACGAGGAGGUGUCGCAGCCUGUGAGCGCAUCCCAGAGCUCCCUGAGUGACCAGCAGACGGUCCCAGGGAGCGAGCAAGUGCAGGAGGAUCUCCUGAUCAGCCCUCAGUCUUCAUCUAUAGGCUCAAUAGAUGAGGGGGUUACAGAGGGAUUGCCCACACUCCAAAGCACCUCUGGCACUAACGCUCAUGCGGACGAUGAUGAUCGUCUGGAGAACGUUCAGUAUCCCUACCAACUCUACAUUGCUCCUUCCACCAGCAGCACAGAGAGGCCCAGCCCAAACGGUCCCGACAGACCCUUUCAGUGUCCCACGUGCGGGGUGCGCUUCACUCGCAUCCAGAACCUGAAACAACACAUGCUUAUCCACUCAGGCAUUAAACCCUUUCAGUGUGACCGCUGUGGGAAAAAGUUCACCCGAGCUUACUCGCUCAAGAUGCAUCGCCUGAAGCACGAAGGUAAACGCUGUUUCCGGUGCCAGAUAUGUAGUGCCACUUUCACUUCCUUCGGGGAAUAUAAACACCACAUGCGGGUUUCCCGGCACAUUAUCCGCAAGCCUCGGAUUUACGAGUGCAAAACAUGCGGCGCCAUGUUCACCAACUCUGGAAAUUUAAUCGUUCACCUGAGGAGCUUGAACCAUGAAGCGUCAGAGCUAGCAAACUACUUCCAGAGCAGUGACUUCCUAGUACCGGACUACUUAAACCAGGAACAAGAGGAGACCCUCGGGCAGUAUGAGCUAGGGGAGCAUGGCUUUGAAAGCAACUCUUCUGUCCAAAUGCCUGUCAUUUCACAGGUGUCGUCAACUCAGAAUUGUGAAAGCACUUUCCCCUUGGGGUCUCUGGGUGGGUUGGCAGAGAAGGAAGAAGAUGUGCCAGAGCAGCCAAAGACUAACACCACUGCUGAGGCAGCCGCGGGUGACCCUCCCAAACCGGAGCUGUCAUCUAUUACUAUCGAAUAAUUCAUGGUUUGGUUUCAUUUUUGUUCUUUGGAAAGUGCCUGUGUUUGGUCCUGUACAUUUUAAUUUAAUUUUUUUAAACGAAAAGUGGGGAGAUUUUCCCCUUUUUACUUUGUAAGCUACGCUUUAAACUGAAAACUGCGACAGAUGUUACAUUAUUUUUCAUGACUGAAUGAUCACUUCUGUGAAAAUAUUUAAGACUGAUUGCACAAAAAAAGAUCUUGUCAGAACAUCAUGGAAGCUGUGAUAUACUUCUAAAGAAGAGCAACUGAUUCAGAUCACUUUAACUAUUCCAUCUUCCACAGUUAGAGCAGCUCAUUAAGUUUCUCUUGCUUCUGCAGGCCCUCUGGUUAAGGGAAAGAAAUCAGAGGAAACCUUUUUCAAAUGAUAAACAAAAGGAUGCAUUGGAAACCAUGAUUGAACAGUUUUGACUAGUUUUGAGUGGAUGCUUUAAUCUUCUGCAUAAAGAAGUGACACUUCCUAUAUGUGCCUGCUGUUUUUCAAAGCCCUUACUGUGCCCUGUGCUUGGAAAUGGUGAGCGGUUUUGAAAGGAACAGUCACACACUUCUUCAAAACACACGAUCCCUGUCCAGCCCAGAUGAAUGCCAGGUAUUCCUACUUCUUCUGUUCCAGUCCUUUUAGAAACUGCUUGAUCAAAUAGCCUAAACAGAUCUGCCCAGCUGAGGCUAGGCAUGGAAAGUCUAAAGGUGCACCAAGAAUUGGGAAUGAUGGAGAAGUGUUUAGCCAUGCAAGCCUGACAAAUAUCUCCUGACUGUACCUGUCUGUAGAUGGGGAACCACAAAGGAAAAUUCUUAAACCUUGGCCAGAUUAUUUGCAGUUCUGAUCACUGCCCCCUCACAUACACACUGUGUUUUUACUAAUCUGAGAGCUAGCUAGAGGGAGUUUACAGAUCGGAAAAAAUAAGCUCUUUUGUGCAUUAUUGCACAUUUUUUUGUUUAUACAUAUGUAUGUAUAGCUUCAGAGAUUUUUACUAGCCUGUUUUGGAUAAAACAAGCAAUUUAUUCUCUCUAAGGACAACUUUCUAACCAACAGGGGGUUGUUUACAAAAAGCCUAUAGAGCAAUGAUGAAUUGUUCCUGUUUCAAAACACUUUAAAUCCUUGCCAACUCGGUUUAUUAAAGGCCAUUACUCCAGCUACACACACAGCUCAAGCAAGCAAUAAACUGAAAUAUUUGCAAUUUCAUUUUUCCAUAUUUAGAAAAGGCUACAAAUGGAGGGUGUGGGAUUUUCAGAGCAGUGAGUCUUGUUUGGUCAAGGCUGUUUGGGCUCAAGUACUGCUUUGAAACCUAAAUUAGGAAGUACAUUAGGAGAUUUGUGAUUUUUCUUACAGCUUCUGAAGUUAACUCAGUGUUUGAUGCCAAAUGCCCACGGCCUACAGACGAUGUGCUGAGUGAGUAGGUACUGCUUGAUCUCAGUAUUCCAAAGGCAUGAUAUACUCCCUUAGUUUUGAGUCUUGUUUUUUGUAAAUUGUUGUUUUCUGGCUAGAUUUGUUUUAUGCAAACAUGAGGAGGAAAUGAAACCAAUAGAGAAAGGUUGCUCCUGAAGAAACAGAAGACACAAAAGUCGUAUUAUAUUGCACAUCCAUUUGUAUUCAGUCAGCCUAGGCAGCUCUGAUACUCUCUGAGACUGAGUUCUUUCUAUUAAUAGCCAGCUUUUGUAAGGAAAAAAGUUUAUUGACCUUUGGAAAGUGUUUAAAGGGUUUCAGUGACUUCAACAAUUUUUCUCUUUUUAGGUUAAACCCACAUAUUUUAGUUAAAUAGAGCGAAAACAGUUGGGAUUUAAGUACUUUCCAAGUUGCUGGAAUGAGGUUUCUCCACCAGAUCCAAAGGGUGUUUUAGAAACAUGCUGCAAAGAAGUUCUGUGCUGCAAUUCAGUCUUGAUUAUAUCUACCUUUGUGAGGCUUCUUAAAAGGGCUUGAAGGAGAAAUGCUUUUUCUGGGCUGCUGUACUGUGAAAUAGCCCAGUGUCUGCUGAUGAGCUGAAUUUAGAGACCAUUUCUCUUCACUUCUGAUUUCUCUGAGAAGCCAGUGAGACAAGACAAUGCCUUUUGCUGAGCUUUAUUCUGACCUAGAGGGCUACAACACUGAGCUCAAAUCCAGCAUUUUCUCUUUUUCCUGAUAUGUUACACAGGUAAAUGAGAGUCCUUUGUGAUUCAUGUUCUGAACAAUGCUUCACUCAAACCACAUUUCCUGACUGCAGAGAUGUAAUAAUCAAAGGUGGUCAGGUAUGAGGUGGAGGACAUAAUCUGAUCAUUAGAAUCUGAUCAUUUCCAUCCCUGAAGUAUUUUGCUAAAGAGUUCAUUGGUGAGAAGGUACAAAUACACCAUAGACAUACCUGGAUAUUGGAUUUUUAAGACUUAAAAUUUUGAGUCAGAAGGCAAAUUGCUUUCAGAAUACCAAAGAGAAAGGGGAAAGUUACAAAGACUUUAUAGCUCUGACCCGUUCUUCCUUGAAAAGAAAUAAGGAUCAUUAACACUGAGGUACAAGGCAAGGCCUGGGGUUCAUUAUUCAUUGCAUUGUGUGUUACACAUUAUCUUUUCAGCCUCCUGAUCUCUGGGUAACAUCUUAAUUUAGUUCUCAUUUUUCAAUCUGGUUCAACUGGAGGAGAAUGGAGUUCUUGGAGGAUUUUGUUUGGAUGGUUUAGGGUUGGGUUUACUUGUUAAUUUUCCUGUCUGUAAUUGUUUCUUGUUAGUAUCUCUUUUCUGCAUAGAAAUGAAUACAGUUUAAAUGCAAACACCAUUUUAUUUCUCCUCUCUAACUUGUUGGAACUGUUCAGUUCUUUGAAAUGCUGGUGUUCUUCACAAGAGAGAUGUAAAAACACAGGACAUCUUAAAACAAUUUAUGUUGCUAAUGUGCUUGGAUUCCAAACAGAGCAAGAGAGAUAACUAAAAUAGAAAAAACUUGCCUUAAACUACACUUGGGAUUAAACCUAAAACAUACAUUUCUUUCAGAGGGUUUUGAAUUCUGGGAUGCAUUUUCUUAUUUCUUCUUAGCUUUUUUUCCCUCCCUCCCUCCCAAAACAAUCCAUUAUUUAGUAUGCAUUUCUGUGUCUGCUAGACGAGGGUCAGGGUUGAUGUGGUUCAGCCCUCCUGCUGCAAGCAGGGUCAGCCCAAGUGGUGUUUCCCACAGCUGGAGUUCAGUUGUCAGGCUCGCAGAGACCGCGGUCAAGUCUCUCAUACUGAGAGAUCAGUAGACUCGGGUAUUGAAAAUGGUUCUGGGUUCACAUGGAUUCUGAGUCUAAAAGAUGUGAAUUUAAACUUUUUAAAAAAGUAAUAGCUGCCAAUGCAGUCAAAUAUAUUUUAUAAGACUAUGAUCCCUAUAUGUCCCCUGCGGGAUGAAAUUUUAUUGUUUUUAAGCUAUGGUUUAAGGUUUUUAUAUGAGGGCUUCAGGCACUUCUUGGUCGCUGGUUCCACCCUGCAGCCCCGGGUGUGGGAGCGCUGAGGUGAGUGCUGGUCUCUCUCAGAGACAAACCAGGAAGCAUUUUAUAUGCAAAUCCAGCAGGAGCUUUGUGCACCCUGCAGGGAUGAGAGAAUUCAGAUGGAGGAGCACCUGCUGCUCCUGCAUCCAUUGCAACUUCCACACCAUCAGAAUAUGGAAAAUAGCUGAUUUUCAUUCAGGCCGCUUACGUUCGAGUUUUGCUCACAAGGUGAAAUCCUGUUUUGGAGGGUUCUCAUCUCCAACUGUAGACAUAAUAAAUCCCAUAGCAUCGUGAUGGCAGGUAAGAGGGUUCAAGACAGUACCUCACCACAUCAGAGGUACCUGGUAAAUAGAGUGGGUUCCAAGUAUUUGAGGAAAUGUACCAUAAAAGAAACAAAUGUGAAUUUUUUUAGUGCAACAGUACUUACUGCUCUGGAUUUUCGUUCACUCCGCGUGUGCUAGCGCAGUAACUCCGUGUCCCACAGGUCCCAGCUACAAAUCUGGUUGCACUAAAAAACAAAGUAGAUCUGGUGCUACCAGCCUGUGUGGCAGCUGUACCUACAGUCUUCCUGAGGGUUGCUGAAGUCCCCAGAAGAGUGAUUUUGUUUCACCAUUCAUUUAGCUGAUGCAUGCUUUUGAUAUUCUGACCUGUAACCCUGGCUACACCGAGUCCUUGGACAGCUUCCUUGCUCUGUUCUGCAGUGCCUUCACUCGAGGUGCUGCCCCAUGGUGAAACCCCAAAGAGGGAAAAGUGGAAGCUGGAGGAAAAAAAAAUGUGAAUUAAAUUAUUGUUGGGCUUCUUUGUGCAUUUUAGUAACAGUGAAACCCCCUUAACUGUGCCAGUCUCCAGUCACCAGCCGUAUAUCCAGUCAUCAUCUCAUCCACAGUACAGCUUCUCUUGUUGAUGCUGGCCACAGCUAGAUUACUUGGCAUGUUUAUUGACCUAACAGAAUUGGUUUUGGGUUUUGGUUUUGUUUUUUAAUGUAUACGAUGUUUAAAUACACUUCACAUUUUAUAUAAUACUAUCUGGCUAUUAGUAUUUUUCAGGAACCAUAGUUCUUGGUGGCUAUAUAUAUUUUUGUGACUUUUUUUGUAAACUAAGUGCCGUUUCAACGUUACAAUCAUUUUUAGAGUUAUUGUAAUCAAUGUGAAUAUCAUGUUUUUUCAAAUCUGUUCUGAGCCUGUAGUGUUUGCUUUGUGAUCAUACGUGUAAUGUAUAUAUUCUGUAUAGUUACAUUGUAUUGAAAUACUAGCUUGUUUGAUAUAAGAAAAGUAUGUAUUGGGUACCUUUUUGCUAGCCUGGUUGUUUAAUCUUUAAAAAAAAAAGUUCCAAAAUACAAAAAAAAAAAAUCUCCAAACUGGUCCGAUUAUAGGUCAAAAUUAAGGGGGGAGAAAAACUAGUUUUGAGUGUCUUUGGAUAGAAAUAUGAAGCUAAGAUUUUUCAUUAAAAUAUUAAUGUUUUAUGGAGUA